AUGACUUCCCAUCACAUACAUGUAUUUUGCGAUUCAUCUGAACGUGCUUACGGGGCGGUCGCCUACCUUCGAGGUGAAAGUGAUGGAGGAAUCAGGACAAACUUUGUGAUGGCUAGGUCUAAAGUAGCUCCUAAGAAAGAACUUAGUAUGCCUAGACUUGAGUUAUGCGCAGCGUUGGUUGGUGCUAAACUUCUGGAGUUCAUUAAGAACGAGUUAACCCUGACGAUAACUGAGAUGCACUUGUGGAGUGAUUCUAAAAUGGCUGUGUUCCGAAAAUUGUCGUUACAAGGUCCCAAGGAGAACUGGCCUCAGAUACCGGAUUUAUCUGAUUCUGCAGAUUGUUCUCCUGAGAUCCGUAAAACAGCAUUCUGCGGAAUAGUUGAUGUUGCUGAGCAAUCUAAAAUAAAUGAUUGCAGAACUUAUGACGAAUUAAUGACAUACCUAUCGACUAGGUUAGAUGGGGCGGCUCCGCACAUGCUCGAGAGAGAGGGUUGGGUUAUCAUCCAAAGGGAAUCCUUUGCUGAGGAACUUUCUGCACUGAAGAGUGGGAAGAAUGUGGAUCGUACAUCCCGAAUUAACCAGUUGGACCCUAUCAUCGAUGAGGAUACCGGAUUAAUGUGUGUAGGUGGCCGACUAAAUAAUGCGCAACUACUACAGGAGCAGAAAACUCCAGUUAUUUUAGAACCAAAGCACCCUAUCAUUAAGCUAAUCAUUAAGAAAACUGAUGAGAAUCUUCAUCAUCCUGGAACCGAAAGGCUUCUCGCUGAAUUGAGACGACGAGUAUGGAUCCUGCGCGGCCGAGAAGUAAUCCGUGGUAUCCAGCGUCAAUGUUAA